UUGUUCCAUACAUACAUAUCUAUAUAUCUCUCUCAAAUGGAUCCAGCAGCAGCAGGAGGAGGUGGAGAGAAUAAGGCAGAAGUGGCAGUGAAAAAAGCAAAGGGUUGGGUGGGUUGGGUGAUUCCAUUGCUGAGGGUGGUUGCAUUCUGUGCGACUGUAUCAGCAACAAUUGUAAUGGCACUUAACAAACAAACCAAAACCAUGGUUGUUGCCACUAUUGGAACCACCCCUAUUACGGUCACUCUCACCGCCAAGUUCCAACACACCCCUGCAUUUGUGUUCUUUGUGAUUGCUAAUGGCAUGGCCAGCCUCCAUAACUUGUUGAUGCUAGUGUUGGAAUUAUGUGGUCACAAGUUCGAUUUCAGGGGACUCCGCCUGGUCACCAUUCCCAUUUUAGACAUGAUGAUAGCCAGUCUAUUGUCAGCCGGGGGAAGUGGGGCAGCAUUCAUGGGAGAGCUGGGGAAGAAUGGGAAUUCACAUGCAAGGUGGAACAAGAUCUGUGACAAAUUUGACUCCUUCUGUGACCAUGGAAGUGGCGCCCUCAUAGCUUCCUUCAUCGGCCUCCUCUUCUUGAUCCUCCUCAAUGCCAUCUCCAUCUUCAAACUUCGAACCCUCAACUCUCUCACUUAUUCUGUUGUCCCCUGAAUCUCAUGCACUGGACUGCAUCACUCCUCUCCUCUCUCACCCUUAUAAUUCUCUUCCUGUUUUCCAUUUUUGUGUUUACUUAAUUAGUUUACUACUUUGCAUGCACUGGACUGCAUCACUCCUCUCCUCUCGCCCUUAUAAUUCUGUUCCUGUUUUCCAUUUUUCUGUUUACUUAAUUAGUUUACUACUUUGCUCUCUCUUUAAUUAGUUUACUACUUUGCUCUCUCUCUCUCUCUUUCUAAUAAAAUAUAAGAAUAAUAUUAGGGAUCGUGAAAAAAAUAUCAUGAAAUAUUUCAUGAAGAUUUUUCAUCCCUUGAAUAGUGUGUGGUAUUUUCUUGUAUGUGUAAUCUAACGGUGAAGAAUAUUUCAUGAU